AUGUCAGAUCACAACAAUUUCGCCAGUACUCAGCUGCUUUUCUUAAUAUUCCGAACAAUAGUACGGUUUAUUUUAAUCCCAUGCAAACUGGUUACGUCUCUACUACGGAAGCUGUUCCCAGCAGGGAUAAUGAAUCGUUUGGAUCCAAACUACCGAUGGAGAGAUGAUUAUCACAUUGUCACAUAUUUUAUUACGAGCGUUUUCAAGUAUGUUUGGUCAGUGUACAGCAAUAGAUUCCAAUAUUGGUACGUAUUUGAAGCUCAGGUAAGGAAGGCUCCUCAAGGUUUGGCAAUUAGCUACCCCAAGCCUCUAUCUGUAAAAGGCGAUUUCGAGUUGCAACAAUUUACUUACCUGGAAACUUACAAUAUCGUUUUAAGGUUGUCGCAUUAUUUAUUUAAUGUACAUCAGGUGAAACCUGGAGAUUUUGUGGCAUUGAAUUUUACAAACAAACCACUGUUUAUAUUCCUAUGGUUUGCGUUAUGGAACCUUGGUGCCACUCCUGCAUUCUUAAAUUAUAAUAUUUUAGGUCAACCUUUAAUUCAUUGCAUUCAAACCUCGAAUAUUAGCCAAGUGUUCAUUGAUCCACAAGCUCGAGAACCUAUGAAAAAAACAGAAGAAGACUUGAGAAAAGUAUUGCCCCAUACCCAGUUGCAUUACAUCAAUGAAGACGAGCUAUUCAACAAUGUUUUACUCAAUGAAAAGUACCCUACUCUAAGAGUGGACGACGGUAUUCGGUCCUCUCAAUCGGCAAAAGAUUUUGAAGCUGCAAUGCUAAUAUACACUUCAGGUACCACUGGCCUUCCUAAACCAGCAAUUAUGUCUUGGAGAAAAUCAACAAUCGGUUGUUCAUUGUUUGGUAGGAUAAUGCGUGUCACUCAAGGCAAGACGGUCUUUACAGCAAUGCCAUUGUAUCAUUCAACUGCAGCAUUGUUAGGAGUCUGUGCAAUCUUUGCCCAUGGUGGUUGUGUUGCCAUUUCAAACAAGUUCUCGACAUCUACAUUCUGGAAACAAGUUUGUAUGACCGAGUCCACUCAUAUCCAGUAUGUCGGGGAGGUUUGCCGUUACUUAUUGAAUUCUCCGGUGAGUUCCUACGAGAAACAGCACCGCGUAGAGAUUGCAUACGGGAAUGGUUUGAAAACGGAUAUUUGGAAAGAGUUUAAAGAAAGGUUCAAUAUUAAGAUAAUUGGAGAAUUUUAUGCCUCAACUGAAUCUCCAUUUGCGACCACUUCUCUACAACGUGGUGAUUUUGGUAUCGGUGCCUGUAGAAAUUAUGGUCCUUUCGUCAGUAUGGUCUUGUCAAUUCAGCAGUGUUUGGUGAAAGUUAACCCCGAUGAUGAAACCAUUAUUUAUAGAAAUGAUAGAGGAUUUGCUGAAACACCGGAAGUUGGUCAACCAGGAGAGUUGUUAAUGAGGAUUUUUGUUCCAAAAAAGCCUGAAACUUCUUUUCAAGGUUAUAUGGGGAACAAAAAAGACACUGAAUCAAAGGUCAUUAGAGAUGUUUUCCGCAAAGGGGACGCUUGGUACAGGUCUGGUGAUUUGUUAAAGGCUGAUGCCAAUGGAUUAUGGUAUUUCAUGGAUAGAUUGGGCGAUACCUUCAGGUGGAAAUCUGAGAACGUUUCCGCUACCGAAGUUGAAAAUCAAAUAAUGUCCUUCACAAAAACUAUCAUAUUGGAAGCUGUUGUUGUCGGUGUGAAGCUUCCGAGCAACGAAGGAAGAGCUGGCUUUGCAAUUUUGAGAUUACAAGACCCAAAUAUUUCUAUUGAAGGCAAACUCGAUUUGCUCAACAAUCUAUUGCCGCAUUUGAAAGACAACCUACCCAAAUACGCCUUACCAAUAUUCGUAGAAUUUGCAGAUAAAAUCGAACUAACGCAUACUCACAAGGUAGCAAAAAACCUUUAUAGAAAUAAGGUUCUUCCACAUGGAGAGGAUGGCUCCGAAACUUUAUUCUGGUUAUGCAAUUAUGGGAACUAUCAAGUACUCUCCGAUGAGGAUUGGAAGGAAAUUUCGAAUGGCACAAAUAAGAUAUAG